AUGCACAAUGACAGUACCAUGGAUUACUGCUUCUUCUCAUCUCUUCUUCUGGCUCUGAAGAUUCACAACGCACAUUUGGCUCCAGACUUCUCUGUAUAUCUUCACACCAUCCUGAAGAACCACACGGCUCAUGCUUGUGAAGGAGACACACUUAACAUCCAGUGUCCCUCCAGGACGUCUGUGGCCGUCCUCUCAGCUUUCUACGGGCGACGUGUUCCUUCCCAGUAUCUAUGUCCCUCUGCUAACACAAACACAACUGUGGAGGAGGAUAAUGAAUGCACUUCUCCAGUUGCUAUCGAGAAAGUGCUGUCAGAGUGUCAGGAUCAGGGGUCCUGUCACAUCCCUGUCCUCAGUCCAGUGUUUGGGGAGGAUCCCUGUCCUUUCACCAGCAAGUACCUUCUAGUCUCCUACAAGUGCAGACCAGAGCACCAUCGUACGAGGCUGGUGUGUGAAAAUGAGCGCAUGAGGCUGAUGUGUAAAAACGAGACUGUCCUCGCGAUCUACUCUGCCACGUUUGGACACCUGCUGCAUGGCAGUCCUUACUGUCCUCAGGAGACUGCAUCACAUACUGACAUGGAGUGUUUGUCCCCUUCGGCUCUGAGGAAGGUGUCCCGCAGGUGUCACGGCAGAGGGAACUGCUCAGUAAUAGCUGAUACUCAAACCUUCGGGGACCCGUGCUUCCCUGGCACCAGGAAACACCUGCGAGUGUCCUUCACUUGUGUGCCCCGGUAUCUUCUGGAAGACGUGGGCCGAGGGUCAACGGAUCCUUUCAUGAUCUCAGACUACACACAUGGUGGAUGGUACACUGGCCCCACCUACAGGCCUCAAAACGUGCUCUUAACCAACUCUCUGGAGAUCAUUGACAAAAUAUUGGAUCUCCCAGAGCGAGUGGCUCUGUACUUCGUCUCUGGGAUAUGUGCUGGUCUGGUAUUCCUGCUCUGUCUGUUUGGCAUACGCUCCACACUAGUGAGGGAUGUGAAAGAUCUAGUUUCUGACCUGAAGGAUGAGCUGAAAUCAUCUCGCAGACAGCGCAAGGAGCUCAUGGAGGACCUCUUCGAUGAUGACAUCUCAGACACGUCGUCAUUCCGUCACCUCACACAAUCCUACCGCACUACAGAAAUCCUCAGUCCUUCCACUCUGACAGUGGAGAUGGUCGAUCGAGGGGUGGAACAGCCGAGGGAUCUGCCCAAUGGGGACAUUUGGCCACAUCAAGAUUCCAGCCCGUACGCCAUUCAUAAGAUUAGAACCUACAACCAUUAAGAGAAGCCACAACUAUGAGUGAAACCACUGCUAAAGCAUCCUUUUUGCUAUGAAAUCUAAUUUGAACAAUUGAACUGUGACUCUUUGUGUGUGUGUUAUCAUCCAUGACAUAUAAGUGUUAAUGUGUUAGAUUAAUUACAAUCAUUAUAAAGAAUAACAGAAAAUUUAAAAAAUAAUUUCAAAUGUAAAAGUCAAAAGCUCAGCUAAUUUCAUGCCUAUAUUUAUUUUUGUUCUGAGUAAAAAAAAUACCAAAACCAGUCUGUACUGAACAGGUUAUUCCAAAUAAUAAAGAUUGUUUUAGUGGGGUGAAAGUU